GUUGUGAUAAACUUAUUAAAUAGACAAUUAAUAUGAAGAUUACAGUUCUUAGGGGAAAUAUUACUAACAGUGACUGAUUAGCAAUUUUGAUAGGCAAUUUUGUUAUACAUUGUGUGAGGGAUGGGCAAUGUGUUUGGAAAGAGUAAAAAGAAGCAGAAUAGCAGAGUGACUGACAAUGACAGGGCAGUGCUGGAAUUAAAGAAGGCCAGAGACCAGUUACACAUGUUCCAGAGAAAGACACAGGCUGACCUUGAACGGGAGAGACAAGUGGCGAGACAGUUACUACAGCAAGAGAAGACAGACAGAGCCAAGUGUGUGUUGAGGAGGAAGAGAUACAAGGAGUCUCUUUUGGCCAAAACAGACACGCAGUUAGACAAUCUAGAUGCAAUGGUGGGCGAAAUCGAGAUGGCUGAAAUACAGGUGAAAGUGGUGGAUGGUCUGAAGGCGGGCAAGGAUGCACUGGCUAAGCUGCAGCAGGUGUUGAAAUUGGAUGAUAUUGAGCAGUUGAUGGAUGACACUAGAGAUGCGGUUGAAUUACAACAACAGAUAGAAGACACUCUAGCUGGAUCACUUACAGAACAGGACGAACAGGCGGCUCUUGAUGAGUUAGAAGCACUUAUUGCAGCUGACGAAAUGGAACGGGGCAACAAAGAUACCAACAACAGCAAAAUGGAAUUACCAGAAGUUCCAGAUGAUGAAUUACCAAGCAGUGUUCCAGACAGAGAACGAGAGAAUAAAAAUCAAAGUCCAUCUAGAAAAGCUAGAGUAGCGGAAGCGGGAUGAUUAAAUUAAUAAGUUUAAUGAACGAGGAAAUUGUAGAAUGUUCGAACUGGCAAAAUUGACGGUUAUACGAAUACAACCUUGAACCCUUUCAAUUCAAAAUUAUUAUUUUAAUAAGAUUAAAAUCUAUAGAAAUACAAGAAAAUAUUAUUAAUUCCUGUCGUUAAUCAAAACCUCGAAUAAGUUGAAUUGGUUUCUAGCAGAAAAAUUCAGUAGAUUGACGAAUAGUCAAACAGAUAUUGCUCGUUCGAACUUUUUGUUUUACAAAGAUUUAAAUUUUUGUUCCCGAGUUGAAAUAAAUAAUUGCUUACAUUUCAUAUCGACUGUUAACAAAUGGCAAACUAAACUUGCUUAUGGUUAUGAUCAGAAAUGCCAGCUUUCGAGCAGUGCUUUUACUUUUCUUAAGUUUUUCUAUCCUGUUUUGAUUUCACUUAUGAUAAAUUCAGAAAUUUAAUGUUA